ACCAAGCAAUUCUAUGUAUGUAUAAGUAAGCAUGUUUUCCAUUGUUACAUUUCUUGAAAUCUUUCUUGAAAUCUUGAUUCUUUCUUUCAUUUUUGGGUGUUACAUUUUGGAAUCUUGAAAAUGUCACAUUUGGAGCUUAUGAGUGGGUGCAAGAAAAGAAAAAGAGGGGAGAAAAUGUUUAGGUUUAAGACAUUUGGUGAAAAUGGGUAUCCAAUUGAGUUCAAUGGGUCAUUUAGAGAAAAUGUGAAAGAACUUCUUGAAUUUGGGUAUUGUGAGAGUAGUAUUUGUAGUGGAAUUCCAAGUUGGUCAUUUCAACUAGAAGUUAGUUGCCAACCACCUUUUCAUAUUUUGUUGUUUGUUAUUGAAGAGCCUAUUGAUGCUUCUAUUGAUCAACAUUGCAAACAUUGCCUUUAUGUUGGCUGGGGACACCAUCUAAUAUGCAACAAGAAGUAUCACUUUGUGUUACCAUCAAAGGACACAGUGAUAGCAAUACUGAACUGUCAAGGGAAAUUUGAUGGAGCAAUUUCAAUGAAAGGUAAGUUGAAUAUAGUGGAAUUACAAGGGCAUAUGAUGCAUGGUGUUUUUCAUUCUAAUGGCUUCGCACAUUUGCUGUGUGUUAAUGGUAUGGAGGCUGGUUCUAACUUGGCUGGUCGUCAGAUCAUGGAGUUUUGGGAUCGUUUAUGCACCGGUUUACGAGCAAGGAAAGUCAGUUUGACAGACAUUUCACAAAAGAGAAGCAUGGAAUUGAGGUUACUCUAUGGCAUUGCAUAUGGUGAGCCUUGGUUCGGACAAUGGAGUUACAAGUUCGAGAGAGGCAGCUUUGGUGUGACCGGACCAAUCUACCAUAAAGCUAUACAAACUAUACAAUCCAUGCCCUUAUGUUUAUUACUUCAUUACCUUACCAACACAAAUCAUGAUCUUUCAGGCAUUAUGUCAAGAUACCAAACCCUAUCCGAUUUCUCCUUGGCGACACUCGGCGACCUUUUUCACUUCAUGUUCGAGCUUAAAUCUCGUCUUCCGGAGGAAACUUGUAUCGAAUCUUACAGCACGGGAAUCGCCAUGGAACCGACUUGUAGAUGGUCGCCUAAGAGAAUCGAAAUGGCGACUCGAGUGAUCGUUGAGGCCUUGAAAAGAGCGGAUUUCAGAUGGGUUUCGAGGCAAGAAGUUAGGGAUGCUGCCCGUGCGUAUAUUGGUGAUACGGGGCUACUAGACUUUGUUCUUAAGUCGCUCGGAAAUCGAAUAGUCGGAAAUUAUUUAGUUCGGAGAAGCUUGAAUCCGGUUACCAAGGUUUUGGAGUACUGCUUAGAAGAUGUAUCAAAUGUAUUUCCUGCUCAAGAAAGCUUGAGCACUAACAACUCUAAAUUGAAGGGUAGAUACAAGAUAACAAAAUCUCAAGUUAUGAAGGAUAUGUACUAUUUUUACAAGUACAUUCUAAAAGACCAAAAGAACACUCUAAAUUUGGGGAUUUUUACUGCAAUACAAGCAGCUGCAAGGGUAAUUCUGGACACUAAAUUUCUUGCCAAAGAUUAUCACAUAGAAUUGCCUUCAAGAGUUGAAUUAGGGUUAGGAGAGAAACUGAAACUCUACUGCACAAUUGUUUUAAGAAACAGUAUUGAAGCAAGUGAUGAGGGGAUAAUAAACAAGACAAUGCCACCAUUUGAGUGUAUCACAUUGAAAGCUAAUGCAACUUUUGAUGAGCUUAAGCAAGAAGUUGAAAGGAAUUUCAGUGAACUGUACUGGGGACUGAGAGGUUUCGUAUCGGAGUCGAUGCUGAACUUGAAUGCCGCCGGAACUGAUUUAGUUUUCGGACUAGUCGAUGUGGGUCAGAAAAUUAUUCUCGAAGGUAGCACCAGCGAAAGAGGAAUGAUCAGCGAGUUGAUAUGCGAAAGUGGUCUUAACAGCAGAACUAUAGACUGUCCCUGUGGAACUAAAGAUGACGAUGGUGAACGGAUGGUAUCAUGUGAUAUUUGCGAGGUUUGGCAGCAUACAAGAUGCGUUCGGAUCCCAAAUCAUCAAGAAAUUCCGCAUAUAUUUCUGUGCCGCCGGUGCGAGCACGAGAUCAUAAUCUCACCUUCUCUACCAUAAUUAAAAUUUCUCCAGUUCACUUUAUCAUCUAACUCUACUGUUAAAGGAUUAAAGAAAGAAAGUUGAUAAUUAAGCAUAUUUUGUAGCUGAUGUAUGAAACAUCUUUCCAAUAAUAACUACUUGAUUAACACCAA